UGUAAAAGGCCAAUUGUGUAUUUUCAUUUAAUCGACCCCGUGACCUAGUGCGAGGUUUUUCGUUUAAACUCAAAUCAACAAACACUUCAUCCCUCGCCGCCGUCACACCUACACGGUUGCCGGAGAACAGUUUCCACAGAACCCUUAAAGUUUGAUUCCAAAGAUGCAGCACGAUGAGGUUAUAUGGCAAGUUAUCAGACACAAUCAUUGCAGUUUCAUGACCAAAAUUACGACGGGGAAUUUUUGUAGAAACCCUUACAAUGUCACUGGAAUUUGUAACCGAAGCUCUUGCCCUUUAGCUAAUAGUCGCUAUGCCACCAUUCGUGAAGACAAAGGAGUGUUUUACCUUUACAUGAAGACUAUUGAAAGGGCUCAUACGCCAAAGGAUUUGUGGGAAAGAGUUAAGCUGCCUAGGAAUUACGAACAGGCACUUGGAGUCAUCGACAAACAUCUGAUGUAUUGGCCAAAGCUUCUCGUACACAAGAUAAAACAACGAUUGACCAAAAUGACCCAGAUGCGAAUUCGUAUGAGGAAACUUGCUUUGAAAACAAGGGAACAAAUAAUAACACUACCAAGGAAAGAGACAAAGAGAGAAUCUAGAAGAGAAGCGAAGGCUCAAACAGCGGCUGCUAUAGAGAAGGCUAUUGAGAAUGAGCUAACUAAACGCCUUGAAGAAGGAGUUUAUGCUGAUAAAAGAGAAGUGCGCACUGAAGCGGAGGUUGAGACAGAAAAGCAAAUUGAGCUGGAGAUAGUGGGACGCCUCCAAAAUGUAGGUUCGCAACCAGGUGAAAUAUUCAACUAUCCUACUGAAGCGUACUAUAAAGUUCUAGAUAUGGAGAAGCUUCAACCUGCUGAUGAAGAGGAUGAAGAGGAAGCAGAAGUAGAAUAUGUAGAAGGUUAUGAACUUGAAGAGGAAGAUGACAUGGAAGAUUUUGGUGCGUUUGCAAUUCAUGAGUCACGGGGAAAUGAUGCUGAUCAUGAAAAUGCUGGAAGCAGUGAAGACGAAGAAACUGAAGCACGUAAUCAGAGGAAAGCCAAAAGGAAAAUGACUUUAGCUUCAAAGAAACUUGAAAAGGAUGCCCUUGAUACUAAAUCAAAGAAAACGAAGGUCCUCAUUGAGGUGGAGCACGACGAUGCUUACGAAAGACAAAGAUUGGUACGGUAGUUACAUUGUCUGUUGGUUACUGAUAGGAGAGGAAAGUUGCUAUACGAGAAACUAGAUUUUGACUAUCAUUUCUUCAAAUUAGUUUGUACCCUGGAAGAAAAAAUAUCUGAAAGCAUUUUAAAAUAUAAACUGUUUAUUUCAAUUUAUUUUACCUUUGUUUGGAAGAAUGACAAUGUAGCUUUGUUGGUUUGAUUGAGCCAGAGCAUCUCAAUCCGACUUUGUUUGGGGAUUGUGAUUGAUCAAAUUUUGUUUUAUGUGGAUCAUCAGGAUUUUGGAGUUCAUUAUAAUAGUUUUUACUCAAAUGUUUUAUUACAAA